AUGUUGGGUAUAAAAUCGAUUUUAAAUAUAGCUUUCACGGAAGCAGCUAACUCUUUCAAUCAACAAACUAGAAACACAUUUAUUUUAAGACGAAAAUGGCCACCGCCAUUGCAUAAAAAAGGUGGCCGACCUUCAAAAUUAAGAGCCAGACACUUUGUUUAUGACUUAGUGGAAGAUACGAAUGUUGUGAAAAAACCUGACAUAAAAAUAAUAUUAAAUCAAUUUGUUGAUGGUGUUGGAGACACAGGGGACAUGUUAAGUGUCAGACCAACUAAGGCUUAUAGGGAGUUCCUGAUUCCAGGUUUGGCUGUUUAUGCCAGUCCAGCAAACAUUGAAAAGUAUAAGGUUGAUGAGAGCAAGCCAAAGGCUGAAAGCACUUUCAGUUCUCCUUAUGUACCUCGGACCAUGGGCUGCUUAUCCCGCCUGGUGCUCCAAAUAACCAUGAAUAAAACUGAACCUUGGAUUCUAGAACCUUGGCACAUAAGGACAUCUUUCCGAAAAGCAGGUUAUGUGGUGCCUGAGCAUGCAAUAAAAAUGCCUCCAAUACAAAUUAAAGGUCCAGAUUUGUCAUUGCAACAUAAGGAAUUUUACGUUACUGUUCAGAUUAAUAAUACUGAAGAAGUAAAUGUGAGAUGUAGGAUUCACCAUUGGGCAGCUGGUGUUGAUAAACUGCCAUGGGAAGAAUUUCAUUGGAAGAAACCUCGUGAAGCUCUUAUACCCGAGCAAGCCGAAGUUUUGGAGAAAAUACCGCUACAU